AUGAAGUCCCUACAUUGUCUCUCUGUCGUUCUGGCGUCAUUACUUGCCUGCGUGCAGGCGGAUCCCACUCGUCCGAACGACCUCAACAUCACUCAAGCUCAAGCCGAGAAAUACAAUUGUGAUGAAGCCUGCCAGGUGAACCUACAGCAAUACGAGGGAUUGGACCGCCAGAUUUUUGGAGAUGUCCCCUUCGACUAUGACUUCUACGCAACCGCUGCCAACUUCACUGAAUCACAACCGGGUGACUUGUUGAAGCUCCAGCAGCAAAAUGCAUCCAUGUAUGACAUUCCACCCGGAACGUCACUGUGGUUGAUGCAAUACACAUCCGUUGGCGUUGGUGGAGCAAAGGUGCCCGCGACUGCCUUCAUUGCGCUUCCCUGGACGGCAUAUCCACGCAAGGAAACGCGCCUCGUCGCGUAUGCCCAUGGGACUAUUGGAGUUGUUCCUGCUUGUGCUGCGUCAUCAUCUUACAAUGGAUAUGACUAUCAUUCCUGGCAGCUACUUACAGCUCCCGGGUAUGCUGUAGUCGCUACAGACUAUGCAGGACUGGGAAAUAACUACACUUCUCACAAAUAUGGCAAUCCAGUCCUGAACUCUGAGGAUAUUUACUUCUCCGUCGUUGCUGCUCGGAAAGCUUUCCCAGGCGCCUUCACUAGUCGAUGGGCCUCUGUCGGACAUUCUCAAGGAGCUGGAGCGGUUUGGGGCCUUGAAGAGAACCCCCGUGUCGCUACCACUGAAAGUGGCGAGUACGUAGGAGGUGUUGCCGUUGCUCCUAGUGCUAGACUGGACGAUCUUCUCACAGCUGUACCACCUAUUGUGGGAUGGGGCUUUGGAGAUCUGAUCGUGAACAUUUUCCGAGCUCUGGACUUCCCUAUUCAACCAACCGUUCUUACACCAGAAGCCCUCGCCCGCUAUCCGCUUAUGUCGGACCUUGGGCUUUGCGACAUCUCUGAAGCGGGACUGAACGCAGAUUUGCCAAACCAUGGCAUUGUGGAGCCCACGGCUGCCAUAACCCAACACAAUCAUGAGGCGUAUAUCGCAUUUCAAAAUGAGUAUGGUGCGGCCACCGGAAGAAAGGGCUACAAAGAUCUUCUCGUUGUUCAGUCAACUGAUGACGAGAUUGUGAAUGUGACUGCUACAGAGAAGGCCUACGAAUAUGCAUGUAACGUUGGCAAUAUCGUUCAUUUGAGUUUAUAUUCUGGCCUUGACCACGAUGACACUAUUGCUGCCUCAGCGCCAGAGUGGCUUCAAUGGCUGGAGAACAGGUUCAUGGGAAUAAGAGAGGCGGACUCAAACAAAUGCCUGGUUGAAAAGAGGACUCCGUUGCUCGAUACUUUGGUCUAG